AUGUUAAAGGGUCUAUACCAAAAUAAGUUUGAAGGAAACAUUCCUGUUGAGUUUGGAAAAUUGAAAGUUAUUGAAAAUCUUGAUCUUAGUGAGAAUAUUUUAAAUGGAACCAUCCCAGCAAUGUUUGGUCAAUUAAAUUCCUUAGAAACAUUGAAUCUCUCACAUAAUAAUCUUUCUGGUGCUAUUCCCUUGAGAUAUGGUGAGAUGUUGAGCUUGACAAAUGUUGAUAUAUCAUACAACCAAUUAGAGGGUCCGGUUCCAAGCAUUUCAGCUUUUCAAAAUGCUUCAUUUGAAGCACUCAGAAAUAACAAAGGCCUGUGUGGUAAUGUUUGUGGCCCAAAGCGUUGCUCAACGCUAGGUGACAAGUUUCAUAGCCAUAAGAAUAACACAAUUUUGGUGUUCGUCUUACCCAUCACUCUAGGAACUCUAUUUUUAACAUUAUUUGCUUAUGGGCUCACAUAUCAUCUAUGUCAAACUUCAAGAACAAACAAAUACAAGGCUCUUGAAGAAUCACCAACAGAAAAUCUAUUCACAAUAUGGAGUUUUGAUGGGAAAAUGGUGUAUGAGAAUAUUAUUGAAGCCACAGAAGAGUUUGACAACAAGCAUCUCAUUGGAGUUGGAGGGCAUGGAAGUGUUUACAGAGCUGAAUUGCCCACAGGUCAAGUUGUUGCUGUGAAAAAAAUCCAUUCAUUACAAAAUGAAGAAAUGUCCAAUCUGAAAGCUUUUGAGAGUGAGAUUCGUGCUUUGACAGAGAUUCGACAUCGGAACAUUGUGAAGUUAUAUGGGUUUUGUUCACAUUCACUACACUCAUUUUUGGUUUAUGAAUUCUUGGAAAAUGGUAGCAUGGACAACAUUUUGAAGGAGAAUGAAACAUCUGGUGAAUUUGAUUGGAAGAGGAGGGUGAAUGUCAUUAAAGAUGUUGCAAAUGCUUUAUCUUAUAUGCAUCAUGAUUGCACACCUCCCAUUGUUCAUCGUGAUAUAUCCAGCAAGAAUGUUAUUUUGAAUUUGGAAUAUGUCGCUCAUGUUUCGGACUUCGGAACAUCUAAGUUUCUAAAUCCCAAUUCAUCCAAUUUGACCUUUGGAUAUGCUGCUCCAUGUCAUUUACCUUUCUUUACUUUAAUUUAUUUUAAAUCUUUUUUGUAG